AUGAUCCUCCAUGACGAGCUGCACCACUUCCACCAUGGUGGGCAUGGGCAUAUGGGGAGACUGCCGAGUAUGCCAGAGGAGGGCGGGGACGACGGGGACGAUCUACGUCUGACAACGGUAUCUAAAGCCAAUCUCAGCUCCUCCUUGAUGGAGCUCAAGGCUGUUGGGAUUGCGACAUUUUUAAUGACCGUUGGGGCCGUAACAGUUAUGUGGAGUGUAAAGAGCGCGCUUGGGGUUAACGACGCACAAGAGUUUGGCAAAAGGAUCAUCUACCGACCAGCCGCAACUGACGAAGAUUACCUUGAUGCUUAUGAAGUUGCGCCAUUCGAGGCGGAGGGUUGGACGUGGGUGGAGGCUGAGAAGAGGCUUAUGAUGAGGGGCUUCAACUCUUCCCCUUGCUCGUCUCCAUUUUCCGCAGUGGGUAUUUGUCCUUGCCUCCUUGUGCACUUUGAGAAGGAUUAUCAGAGCAGCCGACGAACUCUGGCACGUUACACAACCAAGGCCCAAGUGCGAUAUACGGCGAAUGCCAAGGAAUCUCCCUCCGCCCUGUAA